AGCGACGGAUCCUGAGCGAAGCUCACUGCAGGUAAACAUCUCUGAAGCGUUGUGUGUGUUUCAGCUGAAUUGGUGUUUCCGUGUGUGAGCAGAGCGGGGCGGUGUGUGUGUGUGGGAGAAGUGUGUCGCUGUGUGUCACCUGGCACAGCAGCUCCUCACCACUUCCUGUCCCAUUUCAUCACCGCGCUCCAGAGGAAGACGCCUCACUUCGCUGCUGCCGCUGCACGACUCGGAGCGCUCUGAACCACCUGCACCAACUGGGGACACUGGUCUGAGAUGGAGCUCCAGAACCGGGUACUGGGCCUGCUGGUCCUCGCCUCGCUGCUGCCCUCCGCAGAGGCGCUGGACUACUCUGACCCCAAGCUCUGCUACGUCCUGGACGGAUUUCUGGGCCUCUACGGUCUCAUCAUCACCGGCAUGUUCAUCAAGGAGAAGUUCUUCAGAACCAAAGUAAAGGGCUCAGAGGACGGAACCUACGCUUCUCUCAGCAGACCGACAGGCGACACCUACGAGCCGCUGAUGACCGACCCGGAGCGAGGACGAAACCGCAGGGUGCUGGAUGACUCCACCUACACGGGCCUGCAGAAACGAUCAGAACCGACGUACAAAGAGCUUCCUGUGAAGAGAGAGCGUCAGCGGAAGAACGAGCAGGUUUACCAGGGUCUGAGCUCGGCCACCAGAGACACCUACGACUCCCUGCAGAUGCAGCCGCUUCCUGCCCGCUAACGACCCGCCAACCGGAUCGGUUCUGAAGAAUCCUGCAGAUCAGAACCAAGUUUUACUCUGAUUGGAGACCAACGGCUCCUUAACACCUGGGAAAUUUAACGCUUUUUCCACCUGAUUUGGAGCUUUAAAAUUCAGAAAUCUGACAGUUUUUUCAUUUCGAGCUCAUAAAUAUGAUAAAUAGUUUUCAUUAGUUUAAAACCAAUAAUUCCACUUAUUAAUUAUCAUUGAUGCAGAGAAAGUGAGAAGUUUCAUUGUUGUGUAAAUAUUUGGAUGUAAAAUAGGAGGAAACCUGCUAAAGUAGUUUCUGUGUUUCUGCUUCUAAUGUCUGUCUGUGUGAAGGAUGCAGAACCUGAAGUCAGUUUAAAGCUGGAUGGAAACCCAAGAAGGACAAUUUAAACACAUUUAGUCAAAUCACAGAGAUAAAAUAGUCAUCAGAUGAGCAAAGAUAUAUAGGUUGUAUAGAACUGUUUAACAUUAAAAUGAGUUCUGAUGGACAACAUUAUGAUACUGAAGUUGAAGAGUUUAAUUUAAUUGUUUUUUCUGCUGUUUUUAAUCAUAUUUUCUGUCUUAUCACUUAUUUUUAUUAACUUUUGUAGUUUUUUGAUGUUUUCCUGAGAAUUUCUGCUGUUUUUAGAAUGUUAUAAAAUCUUGCUUCGUUAUGAAAGGUAAAGCUUUUUUCUGAUGAUUAAAUGAGUCUUAAAUAAA